CUGUACAAAAUUUAUCAUAAAAAUUAGUAAGUGCGUCUGCGCUUUGCAUUUUUUUUCUAGGGAAUAUGGGUUUUUAAGUCAAUAAAUCUGGUAGUGGUACACCUACACAUAUAAAUAACAAAAAUAACAUAACCUCUUCUAGUAUUUACUUUUUUGAUUUUUCAUUAUUUCAUAUUAUUAUCUAUUGUGCUACUACUGGUAAUUGUAAUGAACCGAAAUCUAAUCGCUAGCUCGGCACUUGCCGCAAGUGUCAUUGUCAUUAUGUCUUGUCUUCUAACAAAAAGGCGUAAUAAACGUACUCGAAUUUGGAGCAGGAACUGGCUGCAAAGGCGAAACGAGGGUCGUGAUGUUUUAAACAUGCUAAAUACAGAACUUUUACCCGAGGAUCCAAAUGCAUAUACAAACUUUCUGAGAUUAACUAACGAUCAGUUCGAAUAUUUGCUGUCGUUGAUAUCAAAUGAAAUAUGCAAACAAGAUACACUAAUGCGAGAAUGCAUCCCUUCCAGAAGCAAAUUAGAAGUUACCUUGCGAUUCCUAGCAACAGGCGAGACAUACCGAUCCCUUAUGUACACCACUAGGAUACAUGAAACUACGAUAAGCCGCUUUAUACCUGAAGUGUGCCAAGCCAUAGUCUUGAAAUUAAAACCAAUCUAUUUAAAAGCACCAAGAACAGCAGAAGAAUGGAAAAAAAUUUCUCAAGAUUUUGAUCAAUUAUGGCAAUUUCCUCAUUGCGUGGGAGCUCUUGAUGGUCGCCACAUCACUUUUAGGGCACCCAUAUCUGCUGGCUCGUAUUAUUACAACUACAAAGGUGCAAAUAGCAUUGUGUUAGCAUUAGCCGCUGCCAACUACAAGUUCAUUUACGCAAAUAUAGGUGUCAAUGGACGAAUUAGUGAUGGGGGUGUUUUUCAGAAUAGUAGCUUGUCAAGGGCACUACAAGACAAUUCUUUGAGUCUACCAGCCCCAGAGAUCGUGGACUCGGCAAUGAUAGCAGAAUUUUUAAUUAUCGGUUAUCCCGUGCUCGGAGAAUAA